AUGGUCCAAGACUUCAGACCCCUAAAUGAAGUAACAGCUGAUGAAUCGUACCCUGUUCCAGACCCAUACAUCGCACUGAACAACCUUUCUCCGAACGACAAGUACUUCACAGUAAUUGAUCUAGCCAACGCCUUCUUCACAAUCAAACUGCAUCCAGAAUCUCAGAAGUACUUUGCCUUCACCGUGAAGGGGAGACAAUACACUUACUGUCGGAUGCCCCAAGGAUGGAAACUGUCCCCCGGGUACUUCAACCAUUUCCUACUUCUGGAUCUGGCUGAGUUUAACCUUCCUGAGAAGUGCACUCUCAUACAAUAUGUGGAUGAUCUGGCUAUUUCAGGACCAGAUGCAAGAAACCAGAAAAACCCAAAGAAGUUCAAGAAGAAGAGGAAACUCAAAAAGCUCAAGACAAAGAAAAACCCAAAAAAGUUCAAGAAGAAGAGGAAACGCAAAACGCUCAAGAAGACAAAGAACAGACCAAAGGAUCAAAGAAGAAGAAGAAGAAGACAAAAAAUCAAGAGUUGA